GUUCCUGCCGCGGCCCGGCGAAGGGAGCCGGCUGUGCUGUCCCGGGAAGUUGCCCCUGUGGAGGCACGGGAUGCGUUUGCUGCAGUGUCGCCCUUAAAUUGAAAGCUGUGGUUUUUGUGUUGGGAUGGGUGACCUGGUAUCUUUGCACUGACUUGAAAUAGUUUGGACUUAUUUAAACUGGAAGAUGUGGAGUGGCUUGUUACCUCCUGGCCUGAAUGAAAGUGAUGUUGAUCUAAGUUCUGAUGAUGGAGAUGAAACAACUGAUUCCUGCUCAAAAGAAGAUACUGAAAGACUUCAGGGGACUGGACAGGAGAGUAAUGCCAGCAGUGAACCUGUUGUACCAGUGACAGAUGGAGAAGGUGAAUCCCAAACGUGCCCUCCUGGAGUUUCUGUAAAUAUCUGGAAUAAAUUUGUGGAGCUUCAGAAGAAACACCGUGAAAUGAAAAUGCAAGUAAAAGAGGAAAACAGAUGUCGAAAACGAAAGCGCCACCGAAAAGCAAAACAGAGAAAGACCGAUGAAGUGGCUAAGAGUAGUCAGCAGUUGGAAAAUGAAGACAAAUGGAAAGAACUUACACAAUACUUUGGAAUCAAUGAUAGAUUUGAAACACCUGUGUACAGCAGGGCUCCACAAAAGUCUGGCCUUGAACUGAGCAUAGAGAAGUGUGUGGCUGAAGGUGACAUUGCCAAGGCUGAGGAGCUGAGUGACAGAUUAGCCAUUCGUGAGCUUGGUGUGAAAAUUGCCAAAGCUGCCGCUUGCCGCAACUUUGUAAAAGCCAAGCAAGAAGCAGAGGCUGCCCAAGAAGCUCAAAAGAAAAAGAAGCUUGCUUGGGGAUUUGAAGCCAAGAAAAGAUGGGAAACAAAAAGCAACAUGGGAUACAUGUAAUCCAUCCUGUUUGCCUCAGGAGUCAAAUACCUGUUGUUGCUUGAAGAAUUUUUGUGGGCAGCUUAUUAAAUCUAAACAUAAAAUCCCCAAAACAAAACAUCAAAUGCCUUGUAUUUAUCUUAAUGAUUUUAAACUGCACUAUCUUAUUUUGGCACUCUCUUGUAAAUAAUACAGCAAAAAUUCUAUCUAAAUGUCAAUACUGUUUUAAAUUUUCCUCCUAUAUAUGAAACCUAAAGAUAAUGCAUUUCAGGAUGAAUGUGGAGUCUGGUAGAGAGCUCUGAAGUUGAAAUAAAAUCCUUGGUCCAAA